AUGGAUAAUUUAGCUACCCCUAAUGUGAUUUGUGCUACUUUGUUAGAUAAUGGUCAUGGUAUUGUUGAAAAUGCCGAUGUUGUUGAUCACAAUGAGAAGGAAGUUGAUCAAUCGAAUAGUGCUUUUCCUGAUAUUAUUUUGCCUCUGCUUGAGUCGAUUGCUCCAUUGGGGAGGGCGAUUGAGAAUGAUUCGAUGAUCUCUAUUACUUAUGCCUCCUUCAAAAAAUUGUGGAGUAUUGUGAUGAUACCGGAGCAGCUUGGAUGGCCCGCUCAUCACGGUAAACAAUUAGCUGAAGUUACUGUAUAUUUCAUAAGUAAUAUUGGAAAGCAGCAAUCAUGCAACGUUGCAGCAUUUGUACCACUAGAAGAAAAAAACUCCUUACAGAAUGCGAAAUGGAUAAAGUACUUGGCUACUUUCUCAAAUUCAGAGGCUCGAGCUAACUUAGUGUAUGAUGCAAUUAAAGGGAACUACAAUUGCUUAAGCAAAGCAGCAGCAAAUCUCACAACUCUUUUCAAACCUGUUGUUGCUUUGGUGGAUUUUUGGCAGGGCAUGUGGACCUUUUCUAGAGAAAAUUACAAAUUGAAGUAUGUCUCUGAUGCAGGAGGUAAAACUGUGGAUGAAACAAUCAGUAACCAUAGCUACAAUGUUUCAAAUUCUGAUGACAUGGAUGACCUUUAUGCUCUCCUAUGUUUGAUUGAUGAGGUGAUUGAUCAAACUUUUGCACCAGAGCCUGCGGAGUACACUCUUUUGACAUUGCUAGAUAAUUUCAAUGUGAGCGAUGAUGCAAACUUUGACUUCUUGAUAAAUCAUAGUCUGUGGAGAUAUGACAAAAGAGUUCAAAACUCUUCUGUCCUAGGCCCAGUUGGUAUUUUAGUAGAUCUUAUUGAAAUGUUCUUUCCCACCGAAAAUUACCCUCUGACUUACUUCAGAAACAUUGCUAAGGUUUGUUUCCUCCCCCAUUCCUUCCUCUGA